UAUUUGACACUCAACUUGUGUGUACAUACAACGUACAACAAAUCAAAACAAGAUCAAAACUCAUAAAUUAAUAUCUUUGAGCAAAACCUUAUCAAAACAAAACAGACAGACAAAAAAAUCAGACUUUUACAAUAACUGGUACCCAUAAAAAUAAUUACCGAAAUAACAAAAAAACCGUAACAAGUUAAAUUUUAAAGUUUUUAACAUGCAGCAGAAACAAAAGUAAAGUUGAAACCAAAACCAUUUAGGUUACUUUAAAAUUGCAUCUAACAUUUUUAUUCAGGAUGAGUUUAGCAAUUUGUUUACUUCAAGCUGUCGCAUUCUUGGAUUUAUUAGCUGUGGGUGCCAUUAUACCUCUAAUAGCAAGCCAUGCCCGGAAAAUGGGGGCAAAUCACAUAGAUGUUGGAUUACUUGGCUCUAUUUAUGCUGGGUUCCAACUUGGCUCUGGCCCACUAAUAGGAAGUCUAAGCGACCUUAAAGGACGAAAGAAAAUAUUAAUAAUGACACUAUUAAUAAGUGGUGCUGCUUAUACUUUUUUAGGCUUGGCAUCAUCAGUGGUAGUCUUAUUAAUAAUUCGAGCAAUGUUAGGUCUGUUUAAACAAACUCAGAUGCUAACAAGGGCUUUAGUGCCCGACUAUGAGAAAAACACACAAAAGCAUUCAUCUAUAUAUGGCAGAAUGGCUGCCAUAUCAGGUGUUGGUAUCACACUGGGUCCAGUCAUCGGAGGUCAUGUUAUGGAAGAUGACCCUGAUAACGGAUUUCUUUUCAUUGCUGUUGUUGUUGGCAUUUGUUUUGUAUUAAAUGCAGGUCUAGUGUAUUUUCUACCUCAAGAUAGAAUAAAAAGGACAAGUAGAAAUAGAGAGAAUGAAGCAAAACAAGACUUGGUACAAUAUUUGUACUGUAGUGUUAAGCAGUCCAUAGUUGAAUUAUACAAAGUAGAAUGGUCUAUAUAUUGGGACGUUUUUCUAUUUAAAGCUUUAGUAGGUUUCGCCAUGGGAGUAUAUUACUCAAAUUACCAGUUAUACCUGAAAACAACCUUUGAGUUAUCACCAAAGUAUAUUGGCUAUGUUAUAUCAUUCCAAGGUACAGUAGGUUCUGUGUCGAGUUUUUUUAUUGGUUAUAUUAAUAGUUUUUACAAAAGGGACCAUGAUUACAGUUUAAGAAAUUUUCAUAUAUUUGCAUUGUUAAGUUUGUCAUUGAUGGGUUUGAUAUUGGCAGGUAAUGUGUAUUUUUAUGUGCUGUGGUUGGUUCCUUUAGCUUUAGGUAACGCUGUGGGUAGGUUAGUAACACUAGAAAUGAUAUUAAAGAGAUGUGAUGGUGACCACAGAGGCACGUUAAUAGGGGCUUCUAAUAGUGUUAGAUCUUUGGCGGGAGUGGUCGCUCCGAUGACAGCUGGGUUGAUAGGGGAGUAUGUUGGAAUAGAAUAUGUUGCAUAUGCUUCAUUAUUUGCUGCGCUAUUAGGAUUUGCGAUGAGUUUUGUUAUCAGAAGUAGGAGGCAGAAAGUGGAUUAAAUUGUAUACAGAAUAUAUUAAAACAACAGGGGCAAACUUUCUAGGACAAUGCAAGAAUACUACUAAGUUCGCUCUUAUAAUAUCGUUAGCUCUCAUGCUUCCGGUCAGUUAUGUAUUGCAGCAAUUUUUUCUCCACUUAUCUUUUUUAUCUUUCGUUUUGAGUUAGUUGGGUUGCGAGUUAUAUAAGUUACUAUUUCUUCUGCCACCUUCUGAAACUACGGAAGUUUGGACGGAGAUUUGUUUCCCAAAGUUGUUGCAGGUUUUCGCAAUACGUGACUGUGUCAGUGUAAGCGUGCGUUCUAGUGAAUGUACAAACAUACUAAAAUGACAAUGUAUUUUUAUUAUAAAACUAUGCAUAAAGAUUAAAGGCUGUUAAUAUAAGAAAUUUUCAUUUUUGUAAUAAUAGUAUUGGAAAAUAGAGGAAAGUUAUAAAAUUUAAAUUAUAUCUUUUUGAGUUUUUAUUGUUAACUGAAAAUGUAGGGUAUAUUUUUUUUUAGAAACGUGUGUGUUUUAUUAUUUAAUACUUUGUUUUGACGUUAUAUCAGAUUUGUUUUCUUUUUGGUAAAAAGUAGUAAAGUAAUUGAACGCUCAUGAUAUUCUGUUGA